AUGCCUACCCUCGUUGAAGACUCCUGGAUCUCUACUCAGGCCGCGACCCAUGGCCUUGACACCAUAAGCGGGUGCUCGAUCGCAAUUAGUGCGACGUACUACCUGCAGCUGUUCCUCGACAACCCACCUUCCCACGAACCCCUCUUGCCUGCUCUCGGCGGCCUCACGGGUAUAGAAGCGCACCUGACCCGCGAUCUCGAACGGUUCAAGGAGAAUGGGGUUGUCCCGUUCUUCAUUUUUGAUGGCCAGAGCAUGGUGGGCCAGGCCGAGACGGCCGUGAAGCGGGGCCGUAUGGCGAACGUCAAGACCGACGAGGCAUGGGAGCAGUACUUUGCUAGUAGGGCGGAAGACGCUGUCAAUGCCUUUGGAAGUAAUGCCGGAGCUUUCCGUGUUCAGUCACUUUACCCUCUCUUGAUGAGGCUCCUGAAGAGCAAGGAGUACCACUUCAUCGUAGCUCCCUUUAAUGCCGCCAGUCAGAUUGCCUACUUCGAAACGAUCGACUCGGACCAAGUCGGCGGUAUAAUGGGCUCCAACGAGCUUCUCCUGUAUCCCAUCCACGACUGCAUCAUCAAAUCGAUCGACUGGGAAAAGAAAGAGGUUACGGCCAUCUCCAAGAAGGAAUUGAUCAAGACGCUGAGUGUCACGGAAGCCAUGUUCAUUGACGCGCUGCUGAUGUCAGGCACUCCAUUCCUUCCUACGUUCCCUCCUCUUCAAGACCCACAGGUCACACCCGGUCAGCCGCACAUCAUCCGUGACGCCAUCAACAUCCUCCGUACGGCGGACAAGGCUGUAGCUAACGUCUGCGCCUCGUUCAAUGACAUCCUGCAACUCCGAGACAAGGACUGGCUCGAUAAGUACCAGAGGGCGCGGAUGGCGGUCAACCACUACAUAUACAUUGCUGAGAAUGGCGAGGUCAAGGUUAACGACUUCGACCACCUCACGCGUGACAACCACGAGUACCUCGGUCUGCAGCUCCCGGGCGAGCUUCUGCAUUACAUCAACAGAGGACUCAUCAGCGCGCGGUUCUCGAGCUGGAUAACGCACAGUCAGAUUGUCGUGGAGCCCACCCUAGAUGGCGUCUCGUCGCCCGAGUACAGAAAACUCGUUGGGAGCCAGCUAACGAGCGUCAGGGAGCAGGCGUUGGCCCUCACCAAUCUCCGGUCUAUCCAGCCAUCGCCGGCGCAGGUUGUCAACAGCUGGUUCGUUAAGCCUGAGGAGGUGGAAAAGUUCCCGCCGCCCGCCCAGUCGUCGGCGCUUAUCACGUUUGAGGUUCUCUCGCUCUCGAACCCCGACUUUGUGAAGCACACAUUCAACAAGGACAAGUUCAUCAGGGGCCUAGACGACAAGGGAACGAUUGCUUCGGUUGCGGUGUGGCGGUUCCUUCACCUCCGAGGCUACGUGGACGACGAGCACUCGUGGACCAGAUGGGGUACCGCCCUCGCCACCUCCCUUCUUGCCAUUAGGGAAACGGAACAGAAACUCGGAGAUAACGCGUCGCUCGCAGAGGCGGUGCUGGUGGCUUUUGAGCUUAUUCGCUACGAUCUCCUUAACAGCAAAAACAAGCAUGAGGAGCUCCACGGCCUCCCUCUUAAGGGGUCGGAGGACGAGAAGAAGAGCCUCCUCCUCAUCAGCCGAUGUGCGACUUUGCUGAAACUGCGCCACCAGACGAACGGGUACACGGGCCCGCUCAACAAGAAUCUCCUAGCCUUCCGUUCUCUGUCUUCGGCGGUGCGGGAAGCCAACCGUGACCUGAUCGAGGCCAUUGUUGCCUCCAUGUUCAUUUACGGCCAGUCGAAGCGAGAGCGUGAUGACCUGCUCGAGCUUGGUCAGAGCCUUCCCUUCCUCACGGAUCCCGAUAUUGCUCUUGGCAUCGCAGUUAAGACCUUCCUCGAUGACGACAAUGUCAGCGACUCAAAGGAGCAACGAGCCGACCGCAUGGCCCAGUUCCCGCAGACGUACGUUCCUUUUGCGACGCACUUUGUCGAGGAUAUGCGGACGUGUUACGGGUUCGUCAACGCCUUGUACCAGGGCGUGAGUACUCUUGACAAGGAGGUCUCGGGUGCCGAUAAGCAUGCCUGGGGAACGCGGCGGACUACCUGGCGGCGCGCCCGUUUUAAGGUACAAGCGGGCGUGAGUGCCCCCAGGAUGCCGUCGACGGCAACCACGGCCACGGCCCCCAUCCCCGUGAUUGACCUUGCGGCGGCGGGCAAGUCCGAGCAGGAGAUUGCCAAGGAGCUUUGCGAUGCCGCCAUCGAGCACGGCUUUAUCUAUAUACGGAGCGAAGGGGUCGAUGUGUCGGUAGAAGCCGUCGACAGGGCCUUUGAGAUUUCCCGACAGCUCUUCACCGAGACCCCGGCGGAGGAGAUGGAAAAGUGCCGGAUUCAGAAGAAUAACCGGGGAUGGAGCGGGAUCCGGAGCGAGACGCUGGAUCCAAAGACACAAAGAGCCUUCAAUUUCGGCGAGUUCCAAAACGGCAAGGCCCAGCAGCCCCUCCCGAGCACGCUCAUCCCCCACGAAGCGGAACUCGGCCGGUUCGCGGGAAGCUGUCACGCGUUGGCGCGGCGCAUCCUGCACCUCCUCGGCGUCGGGCUCGAGGUCGACCCGCCGGAUUUCUUCCCCUCGGCGCAUCAGAGCGAAAAGGGUCCCUCGGGCACCACUCUCCGCUUCCUGCAUUACCCUUCUCUCAAGGGCGUGGAUGUCCCGGCGGACGACUCGAUCCGCGCCGGCGCCCAUUCGGACUACGGCAGCGUGACGCUGGAACCCGUGCCGAGCGACGUUGUGAGGAGGAGGGUAGGGGAUGGAAAGGGUGCUGGCGCGGGGCGGGACGGCGCAAAGGUUGUGACUGCUGAUGAACACCUGCAGAUGAGGUUGAGGGCGAGUUACUUGGACCUGUAUAAAGACUGA